AGUGGGGAGGGGAGAGGCUGGGAGCAGGUUCACAAGUAGUGGCUGGGAGUAGUAGUGAACAGUGCCCUGUGGAUUUCUUGGGCUGAAAGUGAAGAUCAUCCUCACCACAGUGUAUUCCUCAAUGGUGGUGGUGGUGGGGGUCCUCUGGACUCUAGAAAUCCAUGUGACCAGUGGGUCUUGGGCUGCAUUUGGACCAAGGAAUACUCCCUGGGCUGAGAGCUCAAGUAAGGGCUGCUGUUUUUGACUCCUGUUGACCGAGGAGCCUUACUCUUGAUUUAGGCAUAGAGCUGGAAUCUACCUGGGCCAGCCACCACAAGGACAGACCCUGCUCAUAGCCAAAGAUAGCUUCCCUGAGCUAGGGAGAGGGUGUAGGGUGAGCAAUGCACAAAGAUUCUAUGCUGCUCUGUGUUGAUUCCUUCUUUCUGUGAACACCUGUGCUUUCCACCUAUGCCCCAAAUGAAAUCUCACUCUGGGUCUAUUUCAGCUGGAGCAGAUCAGCUUUAUAUUAUGGGGCUAUGCACAGGGUUUCUUCUGGGUAGAGGGAGUAACACUGCCACAGAUACUAAGCCUAAAAACCCAAAAGUUGACUUACUACAGCCCAGGUGGGCCUGGGUGAACUCACCAGGGAUGCUGCUCUCUGGGAGGACCUCAAAGAUAACCUCCUCAAAGAUAACUUCUCUGAUGUGGGAAUAAUAAAAAGGAUUUGUUAGUCUCUAGUCUUUGAAGCAUCUGGACCUCCAAAAUUCCAACCCUACUACAGUCUCAAGCAUAACUGAUCCUCCUGAGAGCUAAGAGCUAAAGUCAGGGUACUGGCCCUAGUGUCUCCAAACUCAAGGAUAGUCAUAUCUUACUUGGAUGAAGCCAAGGUUGGCCUGGGGUGACCUGAGGGACUGGGGCCUAUGUGUCCAUCUUUCUAGAAUCGCCCGGAACUGAGGACUGAGAGGGUAGAGUAUUGUGGUCUAUGGGAACUAUAGACCAUAGCGCAUGGUCCAUCACUGUCCAGAGCCCAAGGGACCCAUCGGGACCAUUGUUCUAUUCCCUUGCGGCUGCGGUUUUCUCUGCCUUGGCUCAGCCUGCCUCGCGCCAGCUCUGGCGUGGGACCACAAUGCGCUGCCUUGCCCUGGAAAAGGGUCCAGCUGGCAGCCUCGCUGCUCCCCGCCUUGAUAUAAUGCUGCGCUCUCAAGUGGCAGGUCGAGUCUUCCCAGAUGACGCCUGAGAGCGACCACGCUCCGCCCAGGAUUCUCUACGGCCUCGGGGCCGCUAAGCCCCGCCCAUAGUCCCGCCCACCCGAGGAUUUGUCCAAUCCAGGCGAAGUGUUCACGCUCCGCCCAAAGUUUUGUGUUGUCACUUCCGGCCCGCUCCAGGAAGUCGUGCUGCGGAGCCAAAUUUGAAGCAAGCGGAGGCGCGGGGGCGCGUCUACGAAGCCGGACCUGUAGCAGUUUCUUUGGCUGCCUGGGCCCCUUGAGUCCAGCCAUCAUGCCUAUCCGUGCUCUGUGCACUAUCUGCUCCGACUUCUUCGAUCACUCCCGCGACGUGGCCGCCAUCCACUGCGGCCACACCUUCCACUUGCAGUGCCUAAUUCAGUGGUUUGAGACAGCACCAAGUCGGACCUGCCCACAGUGCCGAAUCCAGGUUGGCAAAAGAACCAUUAUCAAUAAGCUCUUCUUUGAUCUUGCCCAGGAGGAGGAGAAUGUCUUGGAUGCAGAAUUCUUAAAGAAUGAACUGGACAAUAUCAGAGCCCAGCUUUCCCAGAAAGACAAGGAGAAACGAGACAGCCAGGUCAUCAUCGACACUCUGCGGGAUACGCUGGAAGAACGCAAUGCUACUGUGGUAUCUCUGCAGCAGGCCUUGGGCAAGGCCGAGAUGCUGUGCUCCACACUGAAAAAGCAGAUGAAGUACUUAGAGCAGCAGCAGGAUGAGACCAAACAAGCGCAAGAGGAGGCCCGCCGGCUCAGGAGCAAGAUGAAGACCAUGGAGCAGAUUGAGCUUCUACUCCAGAGCCAGCGCCCUGAGGUGGAGGAGAUGAUCCGAGACAUGGGUGUGGGACAGUCAGCGGUGGAACAGCUGGCUGUGUACUGUGUGUCUCUCAAGAAAGAGUACGAGAAUCUAAAAGAGGCACGGAAGGCCUCAGGGGAGGUGGCUGACAAGCUGAGGAAGGAUUUGUUUUCCUCCAGAAGCAAGUUGCAGACAGUCUACUCUGAAUUGGAUCAGGCCAAGUUAGAACUGAAGUCAGCCCAGAAGGACUUACAGAGUGCUGACAAGGAAAUCAUGAGCCUGAAAAAGAAGCUAACGAUGCUGCAGGAAACCUUGAACCUGCCACCAGUGGCCAGUGAGACUGUCGACCGCCUGGUUUUAGAGAGCCCAGCCCCUGUGGAGGUGAAUCUGAAGCUCCGCCGGCCAUCCUUCCGUGAUGAUAUUGAUCUCAAUGCUACCUUUGAUGUGGAUACUCCCCCAGCCCGGCCCUCCAGCUCCCAGCAUGGUUACUCCAAAAAACUUUGCCUAGAGAAGUCACACUCCCCAAUUCAGGGUGUCCCCAAGAAGAUAUGCAAAGGCCCCAGGAAGGAGUCCCAGCUCUCACUGGGUGGCCAGAGCUGUGCAGGAGAGCCAGAUGAGGAACUGGUUGGUGCCUUCCCUAUUUUUGUCCGGAAUGCCAUCCUGGGCCAGAAACAGCCCAAGAGGCCCAGGUCAGAGUCCUCUUGCAGCAAAGAUGUGGUAAGGACAGGCUUCGAUGGGCUCGGUGGCCGGACAAAAUUCAUCCAGGCUACUGACACAGUCAUGAUCCGCCCAUUGCCUGUUAAGCCCAAGACCAAGGCUAAGCAGAGGGUGAGGGUGAAGACAGUGCCUUCUCUCUCCCAGGCCAAGCUGGACACCUUCCUGUGGUCGUGAGAACAGUGAGUCUGACCAGUGGCCAGACACAUGCCUGCAACUUGUAGGUCAAGGACUGUCCAGGCAGCGGUUUUGUGGACAGAGCCCCACUUUCGGGAGCAGCCUGAGGCGUAAGGGCAGACAAACAGGUGAGGGUGAGUGUGACACCCAGAGACUGCUCUUCCUGCCCUCACCCUGCCCCACUCCUACGACUGGGAGCUGACAUGACCAGCCCACUGAUCCUGUCAGCAGGUCCUGCUCCUGUUGCCAGGCUCCUGUUUAUAGCCAUGAUCAGAUGUGGUCAGACUCUGGGCCUGGAGACCACGGUCACUUGUUGACUGUCUCUGUGGACCAGAGUGCUUGAGGCAUCUCAGGCAGCCUCAGCCUGAGCUUCUACCUGCCUUUGACUUGCUUCUAGGCAUAGCCUGGGCCAAGCAGGGUGGGGAAUGGAGGAUAGCAUGGGAUGUAUGGAGAGGAUGGAAGAUUUUCAUGUAAAAUAAAAUUAAAAAAAAAAAAGAAUC